AUGAACAACAUCAGCUUCCCAACAACCACCACAACACCUCCCCAGCCAGCACAACCACCACCCAAAAACACCAGCCACAUCAAGCGCAAGAUCUCCCUGCCCAGCCUCACGAACUCAUCCACCCACUUCGCAUCCGCAACCACACACAGACCACCACCCCCACUCCCGCCACUCCCGCCAAACUACAACAGCCACUCCCCACUCAACAUCUUCAAACGAUCAACCCAGCAGCACGCAUCCAAGUCAUCCAUCUCAUCAUUCACCCACGCCCAGCCAUCAAACUCAACCAGCCCACGACCACUCCCACCCACCCCACAGCCACAGCCACACCCACUAGCACCACCACUGCAACAUUCACCCAGCUCAGCCCACCAUCCAUCACUCCCCGAACCGCAGACAUCAAACCCACACAGGAUAUCCGCACUCGGCGCAAGCUAUACCUCAAACCUCCAUGACUACGGCCAGCCACUCGGCGCACACUCCAUCCCAAUCAGAAUCGGAACACGCCCCAUCUGCUUCUCAUCAUCCAAACUACCCCCCUCAACACUCUCAUCCUCGCUCUCCGUCGAGCGCGGGCCCAGUAGAUCCAACCAGAGGGGCGAAGCUAACAAGAACAUCAUCCUCCAGCCCGGCUUCGAUAUCGCCUAUCUCAGCCAUGUCGCCAAGUUCGUGCUGGAUCACGUCCCACGGGAUACCAAGAUCAAGGGGAACAUCGAAUAUCCCAUGUCAUUCACCGGCAGGGAUGCAGUCACAAUCAUCACACACUGUCUCAAUCGUCUCAAUCCUGCCACAAAAUCAACCACCCAAGCCACCCUCAACCGCAAACUAGCCUUAUCCCUCUCACGAGCACUCCUAGCCGAACGCUUCUUCCACGAGGUCUCCAACCUCAACCACGAGCUCAUCCUCAACGACAACAUCGAGGAAGUCUACAUCUUCCCACACACCCACAGCUGGAUCCAUCCCAACCCCUCAACAAGAACAUCAUCAUCAUCAUCAUCAUCAUUCUUACUCGACUACCAACAGCUUCCCCAAAUCACCCCGUGCGACCUGCCCCAAGGCGUACUCACAAGCCUCACGAAAUGCUACUCGUUCAGCUGCCAGAUGGCCGGCCCAAAUACGACUCAUUCCCUCUGCUAUAGCUACGACUGUCCACUCAGGAAGAACCGCACCACCAGCACCACCGCACCUCUUCACUACCCCCCCACUCUGCUUCCAGCCCCCUCAUUGCCCGAGGCUUCUCCCGUCCCCUCCGUCGUCCAAACUAAGGAUUGGGCCUCCGUAGUCUCCAAGGAACUCAUAUCCUCUCUAAACUCCAAAGAAAUCGCUCGCCAAUCGAUCAUCUACGAGCUCAUCUCUGGCGAACAGGAAUACGUACAGGAUCUGGAUGAUUACGAAAAACUCUUCAUCAUACCCCUCGUCCAAGCCAGUCCGCCGAUUCUGCCCCCACAAAGACUGCCGGAAUUCAAGGAGAAAGUGGUCUCCAACGUCCUCGAGAUCCGCGACCACAACCGGGUCCUGCUCCAGAACCUGCUCAUCCGCCAACAGGAUCAGCACCCACUCGUCAAGGGCAUCGGCGAUGUCAUCCUCAAUUCGGCCCUCGAAUGGGGCCAGGAUUAUAUCCGCUACACGAGCGAUCACGUCUUUGGUGAAGUCGAAGUAAACGACGAGAAGACUCGGAAUCCUUCGUUUGCUGAGCUCAUCAACCAAAUCCCGAAAGUCAGUCCCCGACGUGCCGACUUCAAACACUACCACUCCCGGGCGUUUGUCAGGCUACAACGAUACAACCUCCUCCUCGAGAGUCUGUUGAAGAAAACCCCAGACGGACACGAGGACCGGUCGAGCAUCGAAGACGCCAUGGAGGUCAUCCGGAGACAGUGUAAGGAGGCCGACCAGGCCGUCAGCUUGCAGCAGGCCAAGCUCCAUCUGGUCCGGCUGAACAACGAAAUCGUCACCAAACCGGAUACACCGGAUUUACAACUGUUAUCGCCCAACCGGCAGCUGAUAUUCUCUGGGAAGAUGCUUCGGAAGCCUGAGGGAGGCACGGGAUUAUCCGAAUGGUCAGAACUGCACGUGAUGCUAUUUGACCACUACUUCCUGAUGACCAAGAUCAAGCGGCAGGACGAGUACAACCAGCGGUACCAUCUCUCGCGCCCGCCGGUGAUGCUAGAGCUGAUGCGGGUGACGGGCUUCAACGACCCAUGCGAGCGCAAGUCGCGAGGCCUCCGGACGAUCACGGGCACGCUGGGGAGCAAUGGGGGCCUCGAGCGGGGGAACAGCGACCCGUACAGUGGCAGUCCAGUAGGCGCCGGGGGCGGGCCAGGCGGGGCGGUGGCGGCAGACGACCGGUGGCUGUUCCCGAUCACCGUCCAGUCCCUGGGCAGGAACAGCUACUCGUGCACGAUGUAUGUCGACUCGGAGCGGCUCCGGUUGGUCUGGAAGGCUAAGUUCGAGGAGGCUAUCGGGCUCCGCCUCCAGAUCCUCGACUCUUACAAGGUCUUCGAUCUCUACCCUAUGACCGACCAGACCUUCGCCGCCUCCGGUUCUGUCCCCGCUCACACUACUCCCCCUGCUGGCCAUGUUAACGGCUCCGGAAUCGGCGGGUCCGCCGGCUCUAUCAAUGCCCAAUCUAGCGGACCACUGAAUCCUCCCAAUCGCGGGCCCACGGUGGGCGAGGCGAUCUCGAACAUGCACGGCCCGCCGACGUGUUCGGUUCCGUUCCGGUCGUCGGAUGGAAAGCGGCUGAUAGCGAUCGGCUGCCAGGAUGGAUUAUGGAUCGGAUUACGGAACGACCCGGGCUCGAUGAAGCAAGUGAUCUACCUGAAAUCAAUCACCCAAUGUGCGGUCCUACAGGAGUACGGCUUCCUGCUCGUGCUAGCGGAGAAGAUCCUGAUGGCCUACCCGCUCGACUCCCUCAUCCCCUCCCGCAACUCCCCCGCCGUCCAUCCGCAUAACCACGCCUCGAGCAUGAUAUCCUCUGCAGGCGCUAGAAACCCCGUCAGGGCUAUCGCUUCUAGACUCAGUGGAAAUAAAGAUGUGCUCUUCUUUCGCUGCGGAAAAAAGGGCGGCGUCAACCAGACCGUGUUUAAGGCGCUCGAGCCCGUCCGGAACUCUGAGAACGCGCAAGUGACUAAUCGGCGGGGAUUUUUUGGGAUCGGAGGGACCCGCUCGGACUCGUUCCGGGGCUACAAAGAAUUUUUUGUGCCGUCCGAGUCGUAUGCGAUCCAGUACCUGCGCAACACGCUGACGAUCCACUGUGCAAGGGGGUUCGAGAUCAUGAACAUCGAUACGCUCAAGACGGCCAGUAUCCCGGACUUCAACCAGAUCAAGCAGCAGGACGCCCGGCUGGCCGCGCUCCAACGACGCUGUGACGAGUCGAGACCGUUAGGCAUGUUUCGGCUGGGCGACAACGAGUUUCUUCUCUGCUAUGACGAGUUUGCGUUUUUUGCGGACAAGCAUGGGGAUCCUCUUGUUGACCGAUACGGGGCGAUGAUGGAAUGGGACGGCCGACCGACGACAGUAGCCUACAGCUCGCCGUACGUGAUCUGCUUCUCGACGACGCUGGUCGAAGUGUGGAACACGCUCACGUCCCGCCGGGUCCAGAUCAUCCGGGGGCAGGCUAUCCAAUGCACCUAUGAUGGCGGGGCGCUCGGCGAUGAUGGCUCGCAUGCCCAUAAGACUAUCACUAUCGACCAAAGGCCCCGGAGCGCCAGCGGGGGAGCGGCCAGGGGCAGUCAUGCCGGGGCCGAGGACGACGGCGAACGUAGGGUGCAUGUUAUGAUGAAGGAUAACGACGCGUUCUAUCGCCACCAUUUGACCUUGUUCGGGUCGACCGAUUCGGAUCUCAUUGCUAACCCGGCCGACGGUCCAGAUAUACAAACAGUCCCAAUGCUCUAUCUCACUCAUGCCCAGCUACCCACUUCCACCCGACAUGCGCUCAAGUGCGAUUUCAUCGAACCUGGGAUCGACUCACUCGUACUCGGGAAACAAUCUACCAUCGAGGUCUAUGGAAUCAAACCAGAUGGCCUGAAGUUGCUGCACCUGGCGAAGGUCUUCGAUGUCGUCGAACAUAUCAAUUCUUACAAGAAACCGAACGAUUCAACUGCCACGCUGCUAGUACUCACCACCGACCUCAACUUGUUUACGCUUCGGUUUUGCCCUAGAUCAGCUACUAUCAUCACAACGGCUUCAAUCUCCCUCCACCAGAUCGGUGCUCGACCUGCUGAUUACGUUCACACAUCCAUCGUCGACCCCCACGGAAGAUGUGUAGUCCUCCAUGCUCUCAAUGGCAUCCUGCAUGUUAUCCCGCUGGUCCCCGGUUGCCUCUCCAAAUCCAAGCAUCUCGAUCCAGUUCUCAGCAAGCGGAAAAAGGCCAACGUCCCAACCGGGUUUGCCAAUCAGAACAAAAACCUACAUCCUAGCUACAACGAUCCUGAUGGCGAAAUUUACAGGAGCUUCCAGCUUCGUCUAAAUGAAGUCAAUGUACACGCUCUCAAUUUUGCCACUCUUCCUGCGAGCCAUCCACCUAUCCUUUUGAUCGUCUAUUCGAACCACCUUGGCGAUCGGGUCUUGCGAAGCCGGAAACUUGAUUUGCAAGCAGCCCAUUGUGAACAAGAACUGUUUCGUAGUUAUAGCUGUCGUGAUCCAGUGACCGGAUUGAUCAUUCCAUUCUCCCUUCCUGGUCAUGGUGAUGACUCUGAUCCGGCCAAUGAGGGUGCGAUCUUGAUCGGUGAAGAAUGUGCCGAACUUGUACGUUUUGGUUCCCCGGAAUCCUCAGCGAGCAAUACCAAAGGGAAAACAAAGGCAACCGGCUCGACUAUCAGUGGCAUUCCCCGCAAACAACCGGCCGAACAAGGCGUGAUGACUGGCCCUGCAAUAAAACUCCCGCUUGGACAAUAUACCUGUUUCUGCAAACUAGAUGAGGUUCCUAACUGCUGGAUUCUCGGAGAUGUUUAUGGGAACAUAAUUUUCCUAGUCUUGAGGCAAUCGAAAACUGGGGCGCCCUUGCUGCGCUAUUUUGAUGCCGGUCAUGUGCCUUCACCCGAAGCGCUCGUCUAUAUACCAUCUGGAUUCGUUUUUCUGGCCUCGCACUUUGGUGACAGUCAACUAUUCAAGCUUCCUGAUCUCGCCUCCUCAUUCAAUCAAGCGAAACCUACAUUCGCCCAGCCGGAGGUGAUCACCACAUUCCCCAACUUGGCCCCGAUAUCGGACUUCUGCGUGACCGAAGAUCGAAAGAGUCUGGUGAACCAAAUCGUUACGUGUAGUGGAGCUUAUCGCGAUGGCUCGCUUCGGGUGAUCAAGCAUGGGAUCGGCAUGUGCGAGUCUGGCUCUCUCGAGGUCGGUGGUGUUCAACGGCUCUGGGCGCUAAGAUCUGCAACACAAGUCCAAUCGGUGGAGGAUUUUGAUGAUCGUCUUGUACUCUCAUGCGCCGACUGCACCAGGUUCCUGGCGCUGAAUGAAGAUGGCACGAUAGAAGAAGUUGAACAGUUUAAUGGCUUUGAAGCUAACACACCUACCAUACUUGCCGGAAACAUACUAGAUGGCUCCCACUCCAACUCCCGAUAUUCUGUCCAGGUGACUUACAAAAAAGUCAUUGCUAGUCACACGCUCGUUUGGGAACCAGACAAUGUCAAGAGUAUAACUGGUGCUGCCCAUGGUGCUACAAGAUGUGCAGUGUCCUUGAAGCGUCAAGUCGUCGUGCUACGUGUCCAAGAUGGCGCAUUUGUUGAAGAAGGAUCGUGCGAAUUAUUAAAUGAUAUCUCGAGCUUAGCAAUUGAUCCAAACGAAAACUUUGUAGCGGCCGCUCAAUGGGUUACUAACUGCGUGGAGAUCAUCUCAAUAUCUACAUCAUCCAGCAUCUGCCGAGUCAAUACCGAUUCAGACUUCAUGGUAAACUCCUUAGUGAUGACAAAUUUUGAGCGGACCGAAUCCGAUGAUUGCAGAUUGCUGAUUGGACUAGGGGACGGCAAAAUGAUUAACGUCGCCCUAGGACCGAACGGGCAGCUUGUCGACGAGGAAUCAUCACGAACCACGACUCUUGGCAUACGCCCUGUCGAGUUUGUAUCGAUGAAGAAAACAACGGGAGCGUUUGUUUGGGCCAACAGUGAUCAGCCAUCCCUUAUUGACCGGAUUCCCAACAACGGCCGAUUUGUGCAUACCCCCGUUACUGUUCAAAGUGGAUGGGUCACAUCAACGACCGCUCUACAUGCUAAAUUCUUCCAAGACUCGAUCGUAAUGGCGUCAAAUAACGAGAUCAGAAUCGGAAAGUUGAACAUGAGCGAAAAGAUGAAUGCCGUGAAGAUUUCCCUUGGCAGCGAGCAACCUCGCCGCAUCGCUCAUUCCAAAGAUAUGAAAGCGUAUGGUGUGGUUUGCAUCCGAUCAGAAUUGGACCAAGAGGCUGGAACACUUGAUCGGAUCGGGUCGUUUAAAGUCUUCGACGACGAGACCUUUCAAUUGUUGUAUGACUUCAAACUUCAAGACACAGAACAAGGUUCCAGUAUAGCAGCUAUCAAGUUAGGUAGCGACAUGGUUGAGCAUUUCGUCGUUGGAACUGGUUUGAUCAAAACUUCUGAAGCUGAAGCGAAAACUGGGAGGAUCUUGGCCUUCCGAGACAUCAAUCCGAACCGAGACAACGUUACGACCAACCGAGACUUCCGACUGACCAAUGUGGGAAGAUUAUCCGGAUCUGUGGGAGGAAUCGGAGGAUUACCCAAUGGGAUGUUCGUAGCUUCCGCCAAUGCGUUCGUCCAUGCGUUUGCUCUGAAAGGAGGCUUGGAAAGAAGCUUGCGUGAUUAUAAUGUCAUGCAGGUGGGCGAAGAAAGGAUGGUGGACGAAGCAGAAGGUGAAUUUAGAUUAUUGGAUACUUGGGGUGGCGGAUUCGUUUCUCAAACAGUCGUCACCGAUGGGACGAAGGUCUUGGUGGGAGAUCUCUACAAAUCGGUAGUUUUACUCGAGUUUGAUCUCAAACAUUUAGAACUCGUCGUCAAAGCGCGUGAUUUCAGCGCGAUGUCCGUUCGACCGAUCGGCACGAUUUCGGAGCGAGAGUUUAUUGCAUCCGAUAGUGACUUCAACCUGUUCACUGUCCAGUAUCGAAAUAAUUCUACAUCCCCCGGUUCGGACGGCAAUUCUGACCGAGCCGCUCAACAUCGAGUUUUCGAUCGACGUGAUGAGCUUGUUGACUAUGAUCACGAUAGCGAGGAUAGCGGCGAUGAAGACGAUGAGCAAGACGAUAGUCAAAUCAAUCCUCAGAUCAGUAGCCCUGGCCCUUUCAUGGGCGAGGAAGAGAUUCUAACUCAAGCUGGUGCAUUCCAUCUUGGAGAGAAUACCAAUCAUUUCCGAAGUGGCAGCCUGGUACCGAGCUUUAUCGAAUCAAGUCUGAUCGGCCACACUAAAUUGAUCUUCGUUACCAGUACGGGUGGGAUCGGCUUGGUUGCUAAGAUCCGCUCCAAAAAGAAGACCAAUCUCUUGGCUCGAUUCCAAUCCGACUUGAGUAAAAUCUCCAACUCCGUUGGAAAUCUCGGACAUUCUGCGUAUAGAAUGUUUAAAACGAAGUCAAGAAAAAUCGAAUCGACCGGCUUUCUGGACGGUGAUUUCUUGGAAGAAUGCUUGGAUAUGAAGCCGGACGAAGUCGAGAAUCUGAUGAAAAAGAUGAUGGCUUUGAAGGCAGAAGAAUCCCAAUCGAAACCAAAUGAUGAUGAUACCCAGCGACAAGAAACCGUCGAGGAUGAGGCGCACGAGGACCAAUCCAUGACCCUGGCUCCUAUUGCUACAUCUGCCGUAUUUGAUGGGCAGGCUCCAUUGGCCGAUCUGUCGAGCAAGUUCAACCAGGUACUCGACUGCUUAGCUGACCUCAAUCGAUUACAUUGA